AUGGCAAAGGUUACACUGAUUGGGCAUGUGGGAAAUGAUAUUAUUGUUCAGUCUGGUACCUCAGGGCGUGAUUAUGUCAGAUUUUCUCUAGCGUGCAGAGACGGGCCAGAUCGGACGAACUGGUUCCGUGUUGUUAACUUCAACCCGAAGGCGACUGCAUUUAUGCUUGCGUCUGUCAAGAAAGGAGGCGCUCUGCACAUGGCUUUGGUGUUUUCUGAUUCACAGCAGCUCGCUGGUUUGUGUCGAUGGGUCAAUACGCUUAAUUCCAUACACAACGGACGACGGCAAGCGGCACAAUAG